AUGAGGAUCUAUUACCUUCUUCUCCUGUUGCCCUUUCUGUUUUUGAUGCCUGUUCCAGGAAACGGAGGAAUUAUAAAUACCUUGCAGAGGUAUUAUUGCCGAAUAAGGAGCGGGCGGUGUGCUGUGCUUACCUGUCUGCCAAAGGAGGAGCAGAUAGGCCGUUGUUCUUCCUUGGGCCGAAAAUGCUGCCGAAGAAAGAAAUAA